AUGUUAAAACCAGUGGCCUCUGAAAGUAUAUGGUUAAUAACAUAUUCAGAGAAAGUGCUUUUGAAUACUGAUUUUCUAUUCGAAGUGGUGGCGUCACAGACAAUAAUCACCGUCGAAAACAGGACUGAAGCCAGACUGCAGGCGAAACCAGUGCACUUUGAGACUUCCAUCAAGGUCAAAACCGCGAUCUCUAAUAAGACAAAAAAGAAGUCAAAUUCGUCCAAUUCGCCUGACCUCAUUGGUCAUCCCGUUGUAACACAUGUGGACUGCAACGCUUUGAUACGAGGAGACAUAAAGGAGAAAAUAAAAGCACAAGAUGUUAUGAAACGGGAAGCCCGGAAGACACUUUCUGGUGAAGAUUACCUCAAACUUAGCAGGAACUGCACCGAGUUUAAGUUGUUCAGAGGAUAUGCAACUGACCCUCUAAGUUCCGCAGAGGAAGAAUUCCCGAUAGCCUUCAGCGUCCUGAUGUACAAAGACAUCGAACAAUCUGAGCGACUUCUGAGAGCCAUUUAUCAGCCACAGAAUCAUUACUGCAUACAUGUGGAUAAAAAGUCACCGCAGAUCCUUCACGAGGGAAUGUCGGCCAUAGCCCGCUGCUUUCACAACGUGUUCAUCGUCCGGAAUCCUGUCACAGUUCGCUGGGGAUGUUCCACCGUGCUGGAGCCAGACCUGCUCUGUAUGAGGCAACUCUGGCCGUACAAAAACUGGAAAUAUUUCAUAAACUUGACUGGACAAGAGUUCCCACUGAGAACGAACCUGGAAUUGGUGGAGAUUCUUAAGGCGUACAAAGGAGCCAAUAACAUCGAAGGGACAAGGAAAAGGGCGAGAGCUAAACGCUGGCAAAAGCACCUGCCAGCACCUCAAGGGAUCAUUCCAAGCCAGGGUAAUGUUCACAUCACCGCGUCCCGGGGUUACGUUAAUUACAUACUUCACAACCAGACGGCUUUGUGUUUUCUGGAUUGGGUCAAUGGAACGAGGGUGCCGGACGAGACCUUCUUCUCAACGUUAAAUCACAACCCUCACCUGGGAGUUCCCGGUUCCUAUAGAGGUGAACCCGAAAGCAACGCGAUGACGUAUCCAUAUUUAACUCGGUAUAUUUCAUGGUCACAUGAGGGCAAACCCUGUCACGGGAAAUUCGUCCGUAAAGUGUGCAUCUUUGGUGUUUUUGAUUUGCCUUAUCUGACUUCUCUUCCGCAUCUUUUUGUCAACAAGUUUCACUGGGAUUACCAACAUUUUGCCAGGGACUGUUUAGAAGAAUGGCAUUUCAACCGAACAGUUGGAAAGCAUUUUCUGGGAACGAACUUUAAUGUGUCUUAUUACGGACAAUGGGACUUUGUUUGGAAUAAGCAAAGUCUUAUUACGAAAAUAUCUUCCAAAAACCAGAAAGAAAGUCUGUUAAAAUCAGAGGGCCCUGCUGGUAAAUUCCCUGAUAGCCUAAUGCUUACACCCAUGCACGACGAGGACAAGCAGGACCGCUAA